UCGCAUAAGCAUCGAUUAUUGAUGAUUACAUUUUGUUUUGGUUACCAGCAACGUUGUUCGUUUGCUAAGUUUAGGCAAAUUAUUUCGUUAUUAUACCCGCUUUUACGUUAGAAGCUAUAAAAAUGCGCGAACAGCCGUUGAAGGAGGUGACACAGUUAAUACAUGCCAUCAAAAUGGGUUUGGUGGAAGGCUCGUAUAGCAUUACAAACAAAACGCUGGACAUCUUCAAGUACAUAAUCAUGAGCAAGAGCUGGCAAAGUGCUGACGCCCUCAUGCAAAUUGUCCGCGCACAGUCGCGUAUUAUGCAGGCCGCAUUGCCACAGGAAACGGUGACGUCAAAUAUUGCACGUCGCAUACUGAAAUUGACACGCGAAGAGUUCGAUUUGCUGCAGGCGAAGGUGCAACACUUUGCCGACGAUUCGCAAGCAUCGCUGUCGCUGCACAAACUUGUCACACAGACCAGCGAGAAUAGCGUGAGUGUUGAUUACUCGAUUCCACAGCAGGGAUUGCGCGAGGCGCUGCUCGAUCAUCUGCAGGAGGUGGAAACGGAGCUGGAGACAAGCUCUGAGAACAUAAGCGUUCAGGCCGAAGAGCACAUACACUCGUCGGAAAUCAUACUGACGCUGGGACAUUCGCGUAGCGUAGAGAAUUUCCUGAAGCGCGCCAUCAAAAAGCGACAAUUCCUGACUAUUAUUGUGGCGGAAUGUGCGCCCGCUUGUCGCGGUCACAAUCUGGCUGCCACGCUGGCAAACGAAAAGAAUGUUGAGAUUAUUGCCAUACCGGAUGCAGCCAUCUUUGCGAUGAUGUCGCGCGUCAACAAGGUCAUCAUUGGUACCCACAGUGUGCUGGCCAACGGCGGACUGCGUGCCGCAUGUGGCGCCUACACUGUCGCCCUGGCAGCCAAGCAUUAUUCGGUGCCCGUCAUUGUGCUCGCUCCCAUGUACAAGUUGUCGCCGUUGCAUCUGUGUGAGCAGGAUGCCUUCAAUAUGGUGGGUUGUGCCGAGGAUGUGAUUAACUAUGACUCGUUGCCGGCACGCGAUGCCAAGGUCUACAGUCCCAAGUUCGACUAUGUGCCACCCGAAUUGGUCACGCUUUUCAUAUCCAACACCGGCGGUCAUGCUCCCUCUUAUGUUUAUCGACUGCUCACCGAACUGUAUCAUCCCGAGGAUCUGGAACUGUAGUGGUUAUGUAUAUAUAUAUUUUAUUUUUGAAUGCAACUGGACAACAAGCAAAACAACAGCCAACAUCAAC